GUCUAGAGCUGAGGAGGCCCAGUUCUCCCCUCGUUGAUCUUAAGCCCAUCGAGUUUGGGAUCCUGGGCUCUAAAAAGGAGAUUGUCCAGCCGGGCAUCCUGAGGAAAACCUACACUCCCGAUGACUAUUUUAGGAAAUUUGAACCGAGACUCUAUUCCCUUGACUCCAAUAGCGACGAUGUGGAUUCUUUGACGGACGAAGAGAUCGUAGCCAAGUACCAGCUGGGGAUGCUACAUUUUAGCACCCAGUACGACCUCUUGCACAACUAUCUCAUCGUCCGGGUCAUCGAAGGCAAGGACCUGCCUCCCCCCAUCUCCUAUGAUGGGGCCAAGCAAGACAUGGCCCACUCCAACCCCUACGUCAAGAUCUGUCUCCUUCCCGACCAGAAGAACUCCAAGCAGACGGGGGUGAAACGCAAAACCCAGAACCCCAUCUUCGAGGAGCGGUACAUGUUCGACAUCCCGUUUUUGGAAGCCCAGAGAAGGACUCUGCUCUUGACGGUGGUGGAUUUCGACAAGUUUUCGCGCCAUUGCGUCAUCGGGAAGGUGUCCAUGCCGUUGAGCGAGGUGGACCUGGUGAAGGGCGGCCAUUGGUGGAAAGCUCUGGUCCCAAGUUCUCAGAACGAAGUUGAGCUGGGAGAGCUUUUGCUCUCAUUAAAUUACCUUCCCAGUGCGGGGAGACUCAAUGUGGACAUAAUUAGAGCCAAGCAGUUACUGCAGACUGAUAUGAGCCAAGGUUCAGAUCCUUUUGUGAAAGUCCAGCUGGUUCAUGGGCUAAAACUGGCAAAGACAAAGAAGACUUCUUGCAUGAAGGCCACCAUUGAUCCCUUCUACAACGAGUCCUUCAGCUUCAAGGUUGCCCAAGAAGAACUGGAAAACACUAGUCUGGUUUUCACAGUCUACGGCCACAACGUGAAAAGCAGCAACGACUUCAUCGGGAGAAUUGUCAUCGGCCAGUAUUCAACUGGUUCCUCGGAAUCCAAGCACUGGCGGCGGAUGCUCACUUCCCACCGUACCGCCAUCGAGCAGUGGCACAGCCUCCGUUCACGAGCCGAGUGUGACCGGGUCUCGCCAGCUUCCCUGGAGGUGACGUGAGGCGUCCACGUGGCUCCCCAAUGCCCAUCAGACCAGUUCCCUACAUGCACGCCGUUACAAGUUCAUUGCCUUUGGAUUGGCCAUCCUCAACCAUUGGCAGCCCAAUGUUUGCCAUUGAUCACCGAGUUUUGGUCAUCUUCAAGUCUCGCCUCCAAGUUUUAGUUGUCUCGGGUUCUUCAUGGAUGCACCCUUAUCCAAGAUGCUCUUGUCACUGUUCAGGAAGGUGUGGGCUUUUGGAAAGAUGCCCGUGGUUUUGAAGGCCUCCUUUAGUUGCCACCUGGCAUUACCAUCUAGGGCAGAUCAUUAGCCAUAAAAACAUGCUGGGCUACAUGGACUUUUCCCGUCCUUAUUGCUCCAUUGUAACUCUCCAUUCCUACGAUUCGUUGCCUUAGCACAGGGGUCAUCAAUCUUAAACAGUCAAACAGCCACAAAGGUCCUAACCGGAAACCCCCCGUUCAAUUCUGGAGCCGACCAGAAGUCUGGUUCCUCCAC